GAUCGACAAAAGAGAAAGAAUGAGGAACUAGCCAAUAGCAUCCUGGGAAAGAACAGAAGGGCGAGCGCUCCGGGCGCCGGUAACAAGGCGCAACAUGCGACACAGGGGAGUCUGGCAAGUCGAAUUGGCGUAGCCAAGCGUUCUGCACCUGUUCCCUCCAAGCCUAAAAAGGCCACCCGGACGCCGUCAGCACCAGCACGAGUCACCGCUUCGAACGCGAAACCCGGAAAGAAGCGUCGCCCCGAUGAAGAUCGCUUGAUGUCUGCUUUGAACCCCGCGAGUGGACAAGCAACCGUUCGUGAUGGCCCUGUCGGCCUUUCCAUCAAGGGCACAGGGUCGGGACCAUUUGUCGUUGUUGGAAGCAAUUUCGCACCGGGCACUACCGCUGCAGAUAUUCAAUCGGCUUUGGAGCCUGUGACGGGAAAUAUCUUGCGUUGUUGGGUUACCUCGCAGCAUCCUACGGUUACUGCGGAGGUGACAUUUGCAGAGAAAUGGGCAGCGGAGAGCGCGAUUGCCAAUUUCCACAACCAGAGGGCGGAUGGCAGAAUCCUGUCGAUGCGUCUGAAAUCAGCCGGCGCCGGGUCCCAGGGCCAGGAUCUAUUCGAGCGUUCUGCGGGCGCCCAGAACUCUUUCAACGACCUUCGGGAACAAGAAAACCGUAAACGCAUGUUACAUCGUGGAGCGGAUUCUACUGUUCAAGACGGAAGCUUUGGGUUCGGUGGACAGAACCAAGCAACUGGUCGCGAGGAUGCCUCCGGGAACCGCAAUAAUAGGCGCAACUUCCGAGGAAAUCGAAACGCGGGUAACAACAUGAACCAAGCUCAACAAUCAAACGAACAGGGUCUCUACAGCGAUCAAAUGAUGGUCGAUGCGCCGCCACGGAAUCCGAGAAAUAACCGGGGCCGGCGGCAGCGGUAGACUACAGUCGAGUGUCUCGAUAACAGCAUUUCAAUCUUCGGAUCUUAAAUAACCGCCAUAUGUAAGAAUAUCAAUUGAACUUCCGGGUUUGGACACUUCCGAUUAUAUUACUUCAUUCAAAACAUCGGGAUGUAAUGAUAGUCAAUCGUACUCUUUUUUUU